UUUUACUGUUCGCGGCCAUGUUUUUCUUGCUACAUACGUCGUGUGGCAAACGUCAACGAUUAGUUUACUCAACACUAAAAAUUAUCUCAUCUGCAGUGUAAAAUACAAUCUUGUUUUGAGUUCUUUGUGGUGAUCCAAUUUAAUGCUAAAAUGAAUCGCACUGAGGGGCUGGUACAACGAAGGAAUGUAGUGAAAGAAAAUGAUGGCAACAGGGAAAAUCAUGAUAUUGACGAUAAGAAAAAUGAUAAAAAUUAUGAUGACGGCGAUUCAAAGGAAACUCGUUUAACUCUGAUGGAAGAAGUUUUAUUAUUAGGAUUAAAAGACAAAGAGGGUUACACAUCCUUUUGGAAUGAUUGUAUAUCUAGCGGUUUACGGGGCUGCAUCUUGAUUGAACUGGGAUUGCGAGGUCGCGUCGAAUUAGAAAGAGCUGGUAUGAGAAGGAAAGGCUUGUUAUCCAGAAAAGUUAUAGUUAAAUCAGAUUCUCCGACUGGUGAUGUGUUGCUUGAUGAAGCUUUGAAACACAUGAAAGACACUGAUCCACCAGAAACAGUGCAGAGCUGGAUAGAAUAUCUCAGUGGUGAAACAUGGAAUCCCAUGAAGCUGAAAUAUCAAUUAAAGAAUGUACGUGAGAGGCUAGCAAAGAAUCUUGUUGAGAAAGGUGUCCUUACCACAGAGAAACAAAACUUCCUACUCUUUGAUAUGACGACCCAUCCGUUGACUGACAAUGUGGUUAAAUGCAGAUUAGUAAAGAAGGUCCAGGAGGCAGCUCUGCGCCGUUCCAUAAUCGACGUGGCUCAUGCUGAUAAGAGGUCAUUGGCACUUUUGAUGUUGGCCCAUUCCGCUGAUGUUCUAGAGAACGCUUUUGCCCCACUAUCUGAUGAAGACUACGAACUGGCCACAAGACGAGUCAGAGCGCUCCUCGAUCUAGACUUCGAGGCUGAAGCCAUGAGACCUGAAUCCUGUGAAAUCAUGUGGGCUGUGUUCGCUGCCUUCACUAAAUAGCACAGUCUCUAAAGCCACAGGGAUUAAUCAUACCAGUGGCAAAUCUGUCGUGCGAUGAACAGUAUGCUAUAUCAUUAUUUUUGUGAUCAGUAUUGAUACAUUUUGACAAGACAAAAUUUGUAUGACCCCGCUUUUAGAACGGCACAAAAAUCGUUCAGGAAUUUCUUAGAGAUUAUAUUGUAUGGUGUUGCCAAUUCACAAACAAGUUUAUAAUUUGAUGCAUGUAAAAUUGUAAAUUAACGCCAAUAUGUUCUUAUAAGUCUCCUAAUGAGUGUGUAGUGUAAUUCUAGAAAUUUAUUAAAUCCAUGUUAUUGGUGUAUUACUAGAUUUAAAAAAAUUUAAAAUGGUAUAUAUAUUUAACAAGGCAUUUGUCAAAUGAUACUAAAUGUAUAUCUGUAUGUAAAACCUGUAUAUAACAUACAAUUAUCUCAGUCCUUAACUCACAGAUAACAUGAGGUGGUUUUAAAAAUAGAUGUUUGGAACAUAAUUCGAAUAUAAUAUAUAUAAAAGUAAUUAAUCUUGUAAUAGGUAUAAAUCUUCCAUUACAAAUUGAUAAAUUCUUUAAACAUGUCAACACCUCUUGUAAAAACUAUAUCUAGAAAUAUGAUCAUUGGUUAAUGAUAAAUGAUUAGGAAAUUCAAUCAUUUUAUUAUAAUAUUCUUAAAUUUACUGUUAGCAUUAGAGUCUAGAGAUAUGUAAAAAUAUAUUGUAAGUUCAUUGGGCUUGCCGUAUAACAUGUAAAAUUCUAUUUUUUGUAACACUUAUCUUAAAUAUCUUAUCUUAUUUCGUUUAAACUCCAGUCAAGCUAUAUGAGCCAUGCUUAGUUAACAAACAGUUCAAAUAGUUGUAAAUUAAUUUCCAUUUCUAACAUAUUUCUAUAAUAUUAGGUUACUCUUAAUCAAUUUCUAUGUAUUAAAAUAUCUUGUGCUUAAAUCAGCUAUUAAUACUUACAGGGCAUAGACUGAUUUAACACAUUGAAAUGAUAUUUAAUUUGGAAUUUUUUUCAAAUAUUUUAAAUAUUAUUUAGAAUUGUAUUGCACUGUAAAUACUAAAAUAGUUGUAAACAUUGAUAAAUUCCAUGGAGUGUGAUGGCAAGGAUAAAAAAAUAUAUGGAAAUCGAUUAUCACCAUGAAAUGUCUAAAUUCAAGGAGCGGUAUUUAUUGCAAUGCUGGUUUAUUUGAGACGAUGUUGUUAAUGUACCAUAGGUCGUAUUGUUUUGUUUUUAUUUUUUAAUUUUUAUAUGUGCGAUUCAAUCAAGCAUUUCAGUCUAUGGAGAUGCUGGUUUUAUAAUUUAUUAAAUUCGAUAGUGGCGAUUAUAAAUGUAUAAAGUUAAUGUUAAGAUAUGUAUCAUACACUAUUGAAAAUUACUCAAUAUAAUAUUCCUUAGUAAA